AGUAACUAACCUAACAAAUUCUGACUAGCGUGAUAGGACUUUCUAGAAGUUUGUUAGCUUCAGUUGGUGAUAAUAGAAACAUUUUCGAUAAAAAUGAGUGGUGAUUGUGAUAAAACUGAACAAUUUGAUGGACUGUUUCUUUCUAUUGCUCAGCAUCAUCCUCAAGGUCCUUCUCAGUUAUUGGACACUUUUGUAAGUUUCCUCAGAAGAAAAACGGAUUUCUUUUCUGGAGGACAAGAUGGGGCAUGGGAAAAGAUGGUAAUGAGCACUUUUAGAAAACACGAUAAAAUUUAUAAAGAUGAACGAGAUGCUGAGCUAAAAGAAAAGAAAGAGAAAGAAGCUGCAAAAUUAGCAGCAGCUCAGAAAAAGACAACGAAAGCACAGCAACCAAGCAGCAGCAGUGAUCAUGCACAAAUUACUGAAUUGACAGAUGCUGAAGCAGAGAAGCUUCAAGAAGAAUUAAAUGCUGCAAAAUCAAAGAAACCUGAAACAGUACCUUCUGAGGAGACACCUACUGUUUCUAAAGUUAUUGAAGAAGAUGAAGAGGAAUCUGAAAAAGGCAAACUUCUACCAAACAAGGGAAAUGGAUGUGAUUUGGAAAAGUACAGUUGGACUCAAACACUUCAAGAUUUAGAGGUUCGAAUUCCUCUAAACGUGAACUUCAAGGCCAGACAGAAGGAUGUGGUGGUCAACAUUACCAAGAAGCAUCUGACAUGCGGCGUCAAGGGCCAACCUCCCAUUAUCGACGACGAUCUACCAUACGAAAUCAAAGUCGAGGAGUCAACGUGGGUCAUUGAGGAUGGACGACUCAUUCUUUUGACAAUGGAGAAGGUUAAUAAAAUGAAUUGGUGGAGCAAAUUAGUAGUUUCGGAUCCAGAAAUAAGCACCAAAAAAAUCAAUCCAGAACCGUCAAAACUUAGUGAUUUGGAUGGUGAAACUAGAGGUUUAGUAGAGAAGAUGAUGUACGAUCAAAGACAAAAAGAAAUGGGUUUACCAACCAGUGAUGAACAAAAGAAACAGGACGUAUUGAAAAAGUUUAUGGAACAACAUCCAGAAAUGGACUUUUCAAAAUGCAAAUUUAAUUAAAAAAGUCACACUUACCUUAUUAUUAUUCCAUGCCUUUAUUAUAUUUUGUAUUUUAAAUGUUUUUGCUUUAGUUUUUUUUGUUUUUAUUUUAUUAAAUAAUAGAAGAAAAGGCACAUGUGGUUUUAAAUAAUUUUUCG